AUGUUUCUAACAAGUCUUAGCGGAGGAUCCAUCUAUGUUUCACACGCAAAUACCCUCGACUUCAGAAAGCUGCCUUUGCUCUUUGUAGAAAGUCCAGUUGCAGUGGGUUAUGACGUAAUUGGCCAGGACGUUUAUUGGACAGAUGUGGAGCGGAAGGUUUUGAGUGCAGCCCAAAUGGACGGGUCUAAUCAAAGAAUAGUCGCACAAGGACUAGGAGUUCCUGAUGGCUUAUUUGUCGACAGCGAAAACAGGUUGAUUUUCUGGACGGAUGCGGAAUUGAAGACCAUCGAAACGAUCGAGUUUGACGGAUCCAACCAGAGAGUAUUGAUCAACGAUCUGGACAUGCCGAGGGCUAUCAUAGUUGUUCCGACCAAUGACAAGCUUUAUUGGACCGACUGGGGUACCACACCCGAUAUCGAGAUGUCCAAUCGGGACGGGUCGGAUCGUCAGGUGAUCAUUGAUACGGAGCUCGGAUGGCCUAAUGGCAUCACGUAUGACAGUAAAGGAAAUCGUUUGAUUUGGUGUGACGCUCUUCUCGACAAGAUUGAAACGAGCGCCCUCGACGGCAGUCUGAGGAAGACCCUCCUUGAUGUCACACACGGUGUCCUACAUCCAUUUGGUGUUGUGGUCUAUGAGGGGACAUUGGUGUGGAGUGACUGGAUCCUGCAAGGUGUCGGGGUAAUGGAGGGUCAGAACCAUACCUGGCCAUCUCUUUACACGAGAAUUGGCAUUAUCGAACAACCAAGUGGCUUCUGCAUCGUAGUUGACGCCUGCUCUGCCGGGCCUUGCAAAUUUGGAACUUGUCACCCGUUUAAGGUGUCUAAUUAUGAAUGCCAUUGUAUGACUGGCUAUAUUGGCAAAAACUGUGAUACAAAAGUGACAUGCGACUCACCGACUGGACUCUCAUCAGACACUUAUAUUGCUGAUCCAAAAGAUAGCUACAGUCCCGGUGAGAAUGUCGUCAUCGUAUGCAAUAGCAGCACGACCAACGAGACUGUACAAACAACUUGGACGUGCAAUGGGACAACUGGAGAAUGGGAUAUCAGCGAAGAUCUUAAGUGUCCAGAAUUAUCAACGAGUUCAAUAGCUUUGACUCUCGAGAUAUUUGCCGCAUUGGCCGCCCUGGUAUUGGUGGCUGUCGUCAUUUUCGGGAUUUGCACAUGUAUGACACAAAGGGAUCAAUCUCCAGUCAAUAAUAGAACUACACCGAAGCAAGUAGAUGAUCGCGGUCCUCUCCCUUGUGUUCCAUCGGAUAUAAACGAAGAUUAUCACUAUUACAGUGGAUUAACUAAUCCUACCAGUGAUCAUGGGCACAUAUACAUGACCAGUCUUGCAGAUUACAAUACACAACAGGACACCUUCGAUUCACGAUAUAGCUACCUAAGACCAAAUUCUACUGCAUGAAUCAGAUGAUUUUUGUUUAUGUAGUGUCGUUUCCUAUAAAAUAUAAUU